UCUGGUCUGCUGCACAGCGCCACCUACAGGCGAACACCGAGGAUAAACAGGAAGUGGGAAGCUGGACGCAUGUUUACAUGAGUUCACUAACAAGGAGUGUGAUCCGUGUGGCGUUCACACAGUCAAACAAGUACAAUCUAUGGCACAAUAUCAAAUCAAAUCAUGAUCUGAAUAACUGAGCUGCCUGCAUUGAAAUGGAUAGUGACAGAGGAGGAGGAAGAGGAGGCAGAGGAGGAGGGAGAGGAAGGAGAGGAAAUCGUGGUGGAGAGGACAGAGAUGUCCGCCUGUCUAAAUCCAUGUCUUACGCUCUUCGCCAUGGAGCCAACCAGAUGGGUCUUCAAAUGGGUACAGAUGGUUUCAUGUUUGUGGAGGAACUCCUGGCUCACCCGCAGUUCCGCUCGUACUCAUUGGAAGACGUCGAAAGAGUCGUGGCCACAAAUGACAAGCAGCGCUUUAAGCUUCGCCCCCACCCGGAGGACGGCCGCCUGCAGAUUCGAGCCAGUCAAGGCCACUCAGUACAGGUAAUGGAUUUGGAGCUGAAACCGGUCCUGGCUGGUUGUCCAGACUGCCCGGCUGAGGCCGUUCAUGGCUCCUACCUCCGCAACUGGACCUCCAUCCAACAGCAUGGCCUGAGCCGUAUGAGGAGGACACACAUCCAUCUGGCACCAGGCCUGCCAGGGGAGGAAGGCGUCAUUAGUGGUAUGAGGAAAGACUGUGAUCUCGCCGUGUAUAUUGAUGUCUCCAAAGCUCUCGCUGACGGCAUUGAGUUCUUCUGGUCAGAUAACAGCGUGUUGCUGACUGCAGGCGACGCAGAGGGAAAACUUCUCCCUAAAUACUUCAGCCGAGCCUUAAGCCUGAGACCCACAAGGAGCAUCCUUCCACUGCAGUAGCAUCAUCAGAGGAUACCGUUCUGUCAUUGGUCGUAGCAGGACUCAUCUGACUGUGCUGACAUCCGAUGGUUGGUUGAUGCUUAUGCUGGUUCCCAUGGUAACACGUGUUGUCUGGCAGGAGCAUCCUAGUGAGGUGAUUUUGGUCAGCAAUAGGAAAAUCCACUCAGAAAUCAUCCUAAAUGGGACUAGAUUGGUAAAAUUUCCAUUUUUGUGUCAUUAUUGAAAGGAUCAGGACGGCUCUAGGGGAGCUUCAUUUAUUUUUAACCCAUUUGUGCCCGCAACUGAAAUUUUUCAAUUUCCUUUGGUGGAGCUGUUCUCUGGGCUUGCCUCAGCACAAAUGAGUUUUUUUUUAUCAUACUAUAUCUAGUCUUUGGG